AAGAUCCAACCUCAGCUCAUGCUCGCACUGCUCCCGCCCCACGAUGAUGUCUGCGUCGAACUGAAAGCCCACGGAGGACGGGGACGAGGUCGGGGUGGAGAUGUGGAUCGUUUUCUUUAGAUCCCCAACUAAAGAGUUUGAAGUUGUUUCUGCAGAGAACCUAGAUGUCAAUGAAUGUGCGCAGAGUCCAGGCUCCUGCCAUGGCUCUGCAACUUGCCACAACACAGUUGGAGGGUUCCAUUGUUCAUGCCCUUUUGUCACCAGUUUUGCUAAGGAAACAAACUCAUGCGCCAAUCGGUUUAUAAGUCAGGAGUUGAGCAGGGCACAAUCUGUGGCACGACCGCAUUCUCCUACUCAUUUGUCUCAAAGCAAAAGAAGCUCGCUGCCUUUGCCUGGAGAGAGCAGAAGUUUCUUUUAUCUAAUCCAAGAUGAUCUAUUCAUGAUUAAAACAGCGAGGAAAUCAGAAGUCGAGAUCUACUCAUCGGGAGAUGGAUUCCUUGCAUUGAGAGGCUGGUCUGACGCUGUUGUUGAUAAUCAUCCAUACCUAUGCUGGACGUGGACGAAGUACACACAUGUACACGCAGCUUUUUUUUGAUCCGUUGCAUAUCAAAGCUUCAUUCAGACGAUGGACUGUCUUGCUCUACU